AUGUUGGCUCUCGCGCCAUCAGGUUUCCAACGCAGCAACGUCCAUCCUCUACCUUCUAUUCGACAGGCCCUGGAAGAAGGUGCAAAGAACAAAGGGUGCCUGGUUGCUCGAUGGAGCGAUAGCCCUCCGAAACAUGCCCCUUACGUCGCUCUGAGCUACGAGCACGAGGAAGCCAAACAACAUCAAAUGGAACAGAUGAACCUGAUAUAUCACAACGCAGAACUGACCAUUAUUGCUGCUGCCAGGAGCGAUGUGCAAUACGGGCUGCCAGGAGUGGGAGCGGGAUACCGCCCACGGAUCCCACAGCAAGUUGUCAAGAUUGGCAACAUCGAAAUAGUGCCCACCAUGAGGCAUCCUCACUCCGCGAUCCAAGUGUCAGAAUGGUCGACAAGGGCGUGGACUUUCCAAGAAGGCAUUCUGAGCCGCCGCUGCCUCGUCUUCACCAACGACCAAAUGUACUUUGAAUGCGAUGGUAUGAACUGUCAUGAGAGUGUCACGAAUGUGCCAAAAAGGAACGACCAUUGGAGCAACUUGGAAUACUGCCAGCAAAUUGAGAACUCGCUGGAUGAACUACAUGCUCUACACAAGCGCGAAUCCGACCGUACAUUGCGACCUGGAAUCCUGGGAUGGAACGACAAGCACCGCUUUGGCCAACCUGACCGUCCAGGCUUACAUGCCGCUUUUGUGCAAUUCCUGGAAAUGAUUCAGGCAUACUCGGCCAGGGAACUAAUGCGUCCUUCCGACGCCCCCAAGGCAUUCUAUGGCAUCGCCAGCAAGUUUGAAGUAAUUCCGGACAGGAUCGACCAGAUCUGGGGCAUUCCUUUCUAUUGUAACGAAGAAAGGACCCGGGAGGAGACCUUUGUGGCCGGGCUUGCUUGGAAUCACAAGGCAAGGGCGGGCUAUGACCUAGAUGGGCUGCCCAUGCCAAGAGGCAUAUUCCCGACUUGGUCAUGGAUGAACUGGUCCGGCGAGGUCGAGUAUCGUGAGCUUGAUCUGUACAAAGACAGACCUAUAUCCGCCUUUAACAGUGCUGUGGCAUCUGUUGUCCUGGAAGCCGACGACGGAGAACUUCUCACCAUUUCAGAAUACCUGGAGAUUCCCCAAGCUGGAAUCAACCGUUCUGAGACCCCAAAGGCAGUCCGGUUAGAAACAUGGGUUUUCCCACCAGCUACUGUUGCCGUCACCGAGAGCUCUCACUUGACGUUGCUUGGGGAUCCUGCAAGUCUACAUACAUCGAUCGUAGAUUUUCUAUUCAACCCAGGUCUGGCGAGUCUGGCCCAGAGGGGGUUGGAGUUUGAAACGGAAUGGAUAUGCAUUUAUCUGGGCUCUGUCGAGAGCAAGAGGAUCUGCUUGGUUGUCCGCUCGUCGUGCGACGACGGCUGGGAGCGGAUGAGCUUUGCCAUGGAAGACGUGGAGGCAGACAGCGAUGAGAUUGGAUUAUGUUGUACGUACCGAUGGAGUGGAGUCAAGGUGCUUAACGCGUCUCGACGCGUCUCACUCAACUCCAACCUCAUCAUGAUAGCCUAG